GCGAGGCCCAUCUUGGCUCCGCUGGGGCGGGCGGGGGGAGGAGGCGGCGGCUCCGCACCGGGCAAUCAUGGACGAGGCCUACGACGUGAUCGUGCUGGGCACCGGCCUGACCGAAUGCAUCCUUUCUGGCAUCAUGUCUGUGAACGGCAAGAAGGUCUUGCACAUGGACCGGAACCCGUAUUACGGGGGCGAGAGCUCCUCGAUUACCCCCCUGGAAGAGCUCUACAAGCGCUUUGAGAUUGCCGAGGGUCCCCCUGAAUCGAUGGGCCGCGGCCGGGACUGGAACGUUGACCUGAUCCCCAAAUUUCUCAUGGCCAACGGCCAGCUGGUGAAGAUGCUGCUGUAUACAGAAGUGACACGCUACCUGGACUUCAAAGUGGUGGAAGGCAGCUUCGUCUACAAGGCGGGAAAGAUCUACAAGGUGCCGUCGACGGAGACCGAGGCUCUCGGAUCCAAUCUCAUGGGUAUGUUUGAGAAGCGCCGCUUCCGCAAGUUCCUGGUCUUCGUGGCGAACUUCGACGAGAAUGACCCAAAGACGCUGGAAGGGGUGGAUCCGCACGGCACCACUAUGCGUGAGGUCUAUCGGCGCUUCGACCUCGGCCAGGACGUCAUCGACUUCACGGGUCACGCGCUAGCGCUCUACCGCACUGACGACUACCUGGACCAGCCCUGUUUGGAGACCAUCAACCGCAUCAAACUGUACAGCGAAUCCCUGGCCCGCUACGGCAAAAGCCCCUACCUCUACCCGCUCUACGGUCUGGGGGAGCUCCCGCAAGGCUUUGCCAGGCUCAGCGCCAUCUACGGCGGCACCUACAUGCUCAACAAACCGGUGGACGAGAUUGUCAUGGAAGGCGGCAAGGUGGUCGGUGUCAAGUCGGAAGGCGAGGUGGCACGCUGCAAGCAGUUGAUCUGCGACCCCAGCUACGUGCCAGACCGAGUGCGCCCAGCGGGGAAGGUGGUCCGCGUCAUCUGUGUCUUGAGCCACCCGAUCCGAGGCACCAACGACUCCAAUUCCUGUCAAAUCAUCAUCCCCCAGAAUCAAGUCGGGCGCAAAUCAGGUGAGUGUGAAGGUGGAAACGGGAAGGUGGCCACUCACUGGUGGUUUGUGGCCAUCAGUGACAUAUAUGAACCGACUGACGAUGGGAGUGAGAGUCAGAUAUUCUGCUCGCGAUCGUACGACGCCACCACCCACUUUGAGACGACAUGCGACGACAUCAAAGACAUUUACCGGCGCAUGACAGGGGCUCCCUUUGACUUUGAGAGCAUGAAACGGCGCCAGAACGAUGUCUUCGGCGAGGACGUGCCGCGCCAACCCGUGCUGGACAGCUCCCCGGGGAGCGCUUUCCUGGGGGCACCUCGCUUGGGGAUCCGUAACUCGGACCCUCAAAGUCCAAGCUUCACCAGACUUGCUGAGCAGGCAGAGAAGAGGAAUCUGGAGAAUGGCCACCAGUUUGAUGUCUUUAGCCUGCACAGGGCCCACUCUGCGGACUCCAGAACCUGA